AUGCCAGGCAUCGCUAACAUGUCUCUUGACAAUAUGUUUUGUACCCGUUGUGGGGAUGGCUUUGAGCCUAAUGAGAAGAUUGUUAACUCUAAUGGAGAACUAUGGCAUACCAACUGUUUUGUAUGCGCACAAUGCUUCCGCAUGUUUCCUGAAGGUGUAUUUUACGAAUUUGAAGGUCGCAAAUACUGCGAAAGAGAUUUUCAAGUUCUGUUUGCACCAUGUUGUGGAAAAUGUGGAGAGUUCGUAAUCGGGCGCGUGAUUAAAGCGAUGAAUGCUAACUGGCAUCCGGCGUGUUUUCGCUGUGAGGAGUGCAACGACGAACUGGCCGACGCCGGCUUUAUCAAGAAUGCGGGUCGCGCUCUCUGCCACACCUGUAAUGCACGCAUUAAGGCCGAUGGGCUUCAGAAUUAUAUGUGCCACAAGUGCCACGGGGUGAUCGACGGCGAGCCGCUGCGGUACCGCGGCGAGGUGUACCACGGCUACCACUUCUCGUGCGCCACGUGCGGCAUGGAGCUCGACCACACCGCGCGCGAGGUCAAGCACCGUCCGGGCUACGCCGCCAACGACGUCAAUAAUCUGUUCUGCCUGCGAUGCCAUGAUAAAAUGGGCAUUCCGAUAUGUGGGGCUUGCCGUCGCCCAAUCGAAGAGAGAAUCGUCACCGCUCUUGGAAAGCAUUGGCAUGUUGAGCAUUUUGUUUGCGCCAAAUGUGAAAAACCAUUCCACGGGCAUCGCCACUAUGAGAAAAAGGGGCUGGCGUAUUGCGAGCAACACUACCAUCAGUUAUUUGGAAACCUUUGCUAUGUGUGUAAUCAAGUUAUCGCCGGCGAUGUGUUCACGGCGUUGAACAAGGCGUGGUGCGUGCAUCACUUCGCGUGCGCAGUGUGCGACACGGCGCUGAGCACGCGUAGCAAGUUCUACGAGUACGACGAGCGGCCCGCGUGCCGCCGCUGCUACGAGCGCUUCCCGCAGGAGCUACGCCGCCGCCUACGCCGGGCGCAUAACUACUCGCCGCGCAGGAACUAA